AUGAACAAUUCGCUGUGGAGCACCAGGUCCAUUUCUUACUCAGGAUGUGCUGCUCAAGUCUUUCUGUUUGUCUUCUUAUUUGCAGCAGAGCACUCUCUCCUCACAGUCAUGGCCUAUGACUGCUACGUUGCCAUCUGCAAACCCCUGCACUAUGGCACAAUCAUGGGCAGGAGAGCUUGUGUCAGAAUGGCAGCAGCUGCCUGGGCCAGUGGCUUUCUCUAUGCUCUCCUGCACACUGCUAAUACAUUUUCAAUACCACUCUGUCAAGGCAUGACAGUAGACCAGUUCUUCUGUGAGAUUUCCCAGAUCCUCAAGCUCUCCUGUGCAGACUCCUACCUCAGGGAAGUUGGGCUUACUGUGGUUAGUCUUUGUUUAGUCUUUGGGUGCUUUGUUUUCAUUGUGCUGUCCUACGUGCAGAUCUUCAGGGCUGUGCUGAGGAUCCCCUCUGAGCAGGGCCAGCACAAAGCCUUCUCCAUUUGCCUCCUACACCUAGCUGUGAUCUCCCUGUUUGUCAGCACCUCCUUUUUUGCCUACCUGAAGCCCUCCUCUGUCUCCUCCCCAGCUCUGAAUCUGGUGGUGGCUGUUCAGUAUGCAGUAGUGCCUCCAACACUGAACCCCCUCAUCUACAGCUUGAGGAACAAGGAACUCCAGGAUACCCUGAGGAGAAUGAUUUCAUGGACAUUUUUCAGCAGCAGUAAAAUUGCCUUUGCUCUCCACAAAUGA